CCUGCCUGGGGGCUCGGGGGGUCGGGGCAGCGGGCCCGGGCUCCGGCCUGGCUGCGGAGCCUUCUCGUGUGUCCCGCGGCCUCGGCUCCCCUCGGGGGCUCCGCCUGGGCGCCGGCGCCGCUCGGGCCCUGAGCCAAGAUGAUGUGCGAGGUGAUGCCCACCAUCAGUGAGGCAGAAAUUCCCCCAGGAGGAGGGGGGAGCCAUGGUUCUGGCUCCCCUUUACAGCCAGAUGCCGAUUCACAUUUCGAACAAUUAAUGGUCUCCAUGUUGGAAGAAAGAGAUCGUCUUCUAGACACGCUUAGAGAGACUCAAGAAACGCUUGCCUUGACUCAGGGGAAGUUGCAUGAAGUUGGCCAUGAAAGAGAUUCCUUGCAGAGACAGCUCAAUACAGCACUCCCCCAGGAGUUUGCAGCACUGACUAAGGAACUCAACGUCUGCAGGGAACAACUUCUUGAGAGAGAAGAAGAAAUUGCUGAACUAAAAGCAGAGAGAAACAAUACCCGGUUGCUGUUGGAGCAUUUGGAAUGCCUUGUCUCCAGGCACGAGCGAUCUCUGAGAAUGACAGUUGUGAAGAGACAAGCCCAGUCUCCUGCAGGCGUGUCGAGUGAGGUGGAAGUACUCAAAGCACUAAAGUCGUUGUUUGAACACCAUAAAGCCCUGGAUGAAAAGGUGAGAGAAAGAUUACGAGUGGCUCUGGAAAGAUGUAGCUUACUGGAGGAAGAAUUAGGAGCCACCCAUAAAGAGUUAAUGCUUCUGAAGGAGCAGAACAAUCAGAAAAAAACACUUGCAGAUGGGAUGCUGGACAUAAAUCAUGAACAGCAAAACACACCAAGCACAAAUGGAAAGAGAUCUUCUGAUGGGUCUUUAAGUCAUGAGGAAGACCUGGCAAAAGUGUUAGAGCUCCAAGAAAUUAUAGAUAAGCAGUUAAAGGAACAAAGCCAGAUGAAGGAGCGGCUGGCGGCCCUCUCGAGCCGGGUCACUGAGCUGGAGGAGGACCUGGACACUGCCCGGAAAGACCUCAUCAAGUCAGAGGAAAUGAACACCAAACUGCAACGAGAUGCCCGUGAAGCCAUGGCCCAAAAGGAAGACAUGGAAGAGAGGAUCACAACUCUUGAGAAACGCUACCUCGCCGCCCAACGGGAAGCUACAUCGGUGCAUGACCUCAAUGAUAAACUUGAAAACGAAAUUGCUAAUAAGGACUCCCUGCAUCGCCAGAGUGAAGACAAAAACCGCCAGUUACAAGAACGCUUGGAAUUGGCGGAGCAGAAGUUACAGCAAACCUUGCGGAAAGCAGAGACCCUGCCUGAGGUGGAAGCUGAGCUGGCCCAGAGGGUGGCUGCGCUCUCCAAGUCUGACCCUUUGUCUUCUGGAAACUCUGCCGCUAAGGAAGCUAAACUGUUCGAACUUACUUCCAAGCUUAGGAAGGCUGAAGAGAGACACGGCAACAUUGAAGAAAGAUUAAGGCAGAUGGAGGCCCAGUUGGAAGAAAAAAAUCAAGAAUUGCAGCGGGCACGGCAGAGAGAAAAGAUGAAUGAAGAGCAUAAUAAGCGUUUGUCAGACACUGUGGACAAGCUCCUCUCUGAAUCCAAUGAGAGACUCCAGCUCCACCUGAAGGAGAGGAUGGCAGCUCUGGAGGAUAAGAAUUCUCUGCUUCGAGAAGUUGAAAAUGCCAAAAAGCAAGUAGAAGAAACACAACAUGACAAGGACCAGCUGGUGCUCAACAUGGAAGCCCUGAGGGCUGAAAUAGAACAGAUGAGGCUGCGCGGUGGCGGCUCCCUGCUUCACGGCCGCCCACAUCUGGGCAGUGUACCCGAUUUCCGGUAUCCUGUGGCAGAGAGUCCCACUGAUCCGUAUAGCACCACAGCAGUAUUGCGGAGGGCCCAGAAGGGCCGUUUGGCCGCUCUCCGGGAUGAGCCUUCCAAAGUACAGACUCUGAACGAACAGGAUUGGGAGCGGGCCCAACAGGCGAGUGUCUUAGCAAACGUAGCUCAAGCGUUUGAGAGCGACGUCGAUGUGUCUGACGGUGAGGAUGACAGAGAUACUAUUUUCAGCUCCGUGGAUCUCUUAUCGCCCAGCGGGCAGGCCGAUGCCCAGACGUUAGCCAUGAUGCUUCAGGAGCAGCUGGAUGCCAUCAACAAAGAGAUCAGAUUGAUUCAGGAAGAAAAAGAAAACACCGAGCAGCGGGCAGAGGAGAUUGAGAGCCGUGUGGGCAGUGGGAGUCUGGACAACCUCGGGCGGUUCCGCUCCCUGAGCUCCCUCCCCCCCCAUCCCGGCCCGUGCCUGGCUGGGUCCUCUCCUCCCGGCAGCGGCCGCUCCACCCCCCGGCGGCUCCCCCACAGCCCUGCCCGUGAGGUGGACAGACUGGGGAUCAUGACUUUGCCAUCUCCAGAUUCAUUUUUAAUCCAGACCUCAGUUCCCCAUCAAUCUGUAGUUUAUUCAUCUACCUCCCCUCCCAGUUCCACCCCAUCCUAUAAUGAGGCUUCACAGCACUCUCAGUUGCCGGCUUCAAGAGAAGAGGUACGAGAUGACAAGACGACCAUAAAAUGUGAAACCUCCCCACCUUCAUCCCCAAGGUCCCUUCGUUUAGACAGACUCCACAAAGGAGCUUUGCAUACAGUGAGCCAUGAAGACAUCAGGGACAUCAGGAACUCUACAGGUUCCCAAGAUGGUCAGGUCAGCAACCCCAGCAGCAGCAACAGCAGCCAGGACUCCCUCCAUAAAGCGCCCAAAAAGAAGGGGAUCAAAUCCUCCAUCGGUCGCUUGUUUGGAAAAAAAGAGAAGGGCCGUCCCGGACAUGCCGGCAAAGAGUCCCUGGGACAAGCUGGUGUUACAGACCCGGAUAAUUCCUCUCAAGAUGCUUUAGGAAUGAACAAAUUGGGAGGCCAGGCUGAAAAGAAUCGAAAACUACAGAAAAAGCAUGAACUGCUUGAGGAAGCUCGAAGACAAGGCCUGCCUUUUGCUCAGUGGGAUGGGCCAACUGUGGUUGUAUGGCUCGAGCUGUGGGUCGGGAUGCCCGCGUGGUACGUGGCUGCUUGCCGAGCAAAUGUGAAAAGUGGGGCCAUCAUGUCUGCCCUGUCCGAUACCGAGAUACAGCGUGAAAUUGGAAUCAGUAAUCCUUUACAUAGGUUGAAGUUGAGGCUGGCUAUUCAAGAAAUCAUGUCCUUGACAAGUCCAUCUGCCCCACCCACGUCACGAACGACCACGGGGAAUGUCUGGUUAACACAUGAAGAAAUGGAAAACCUGACAGCAACGCCACAAACGGACGAUGAGGAGGGAAGCUGGGCUCAGACACUAGCCUAUGGUGACAUGAAUCAUGAGUGGAUUGGCAACGAGUGGCUCCCCAGCCUGGGGCUUCCUCAGUAUCGAAGUUACUUCAUGGAGUGUCUCGUGGAUGCCCGGAUGCUCGACCAUCUGACCAAGAAAGACCUUCGAGGACAGCUCAAGAUGGUGGACAGUUUUCACCGAAACAGCUUCCAGUGUGGAAUCAUGUGUUUGCGAAAACUAAAUUAUGAUCGGAAGGAACUGGAAAGGAGAAGAGAAGAAAGUCAGAAUGAGAUCAAAGAGGUCCUUGUCUGGAGCAACGACCGCGUGAUCCGCUGGAUCUUGUCCAUCGGCCUCAAAGAGUACGCCAACAACCUCGUGGAAAGUGGCGUCCAUGGUGCUCUGGUGGCCCUAGACGAGACCUUUGACUUCAAUGCUCUGGCCCUUCUGCUGCAGAUCCCCACCCAGAACACACAGGCUCGUGCUGUCUUAGAAAGAGAGUUCAAUAACCUUCUAGUUAUGGGCACUGAGAGAAGGUUUGAGGAAGAUGAUGAUAAAAGCUUUCGAAGAGCCCCUUCGUGGAGAAAAAAGUUUAGACCGAAGGACAUUCGAGGUUUAGCUGCUGGAUCGGCAGAGACCCUCCCUGCAAAUUUCAGGGUCACCUCGUCUAUGUCUUCACCCUCUAUGCAGCCAAAGAAAAUGCAAAUGGACGGCAGUGUGUCAGGAAGCCAGAGGUUGGAUUCUGCGACCGUAAGGACUUAUUCCUGUUAAAGCCUUCUAUUGUUUACCCACACUACUUCUACAGAUGAUUAUGCAUCGUUCUGAACUCAGCCAAGACCACACUUUAGAAUUGAGUGGAUCUUUAAUCUGUUAAUACUUGUUAUAUGGACAAUGAGAUAUUUUAUUACAGAGUUUUUAAUUAGUAAAAAAAUUCAUGAAUACCAUAGAGAAAAUAUUUUAGAUUUAAAUGUUUCUUAUAUUUAUGUAAACUUAUGUGACUUCAUUUAUACGGUUACUUACUUUUUCAUGUGUAUCCAGAUUAUAAAUAUCUUUUCCAAUCAAUCCAUGAGGUUCUUAUACUUAAUUUGUUAGUCAACUGAAUGUACUGUAAUGCUUGUAAGUAUAAAUCCUAUGAGCGAAUAGGGUUUUUUUUGUAAAUUAUGCAGUUAUUGUAAUUAUCAUUGUUUUAAUUUUUUUUAAUAAUAAAUCUGACCGAAUGAGGAUUUUACUGCAUUUGUAAAAAGUGCCCUAUGACCACGGAGUAGGCAUUAUCAAUCAUAUUUGGAAGCUGAUGCUUCAAAAAGCAGACCACUGCGACCGUUUUGAAACAAUCAGACUUUUCAUUGCAAGCAGUUAUGGUGUGUGAUUUAAUUACUGAUCCCAGCUGAUCUUUUUCCAAAAAGAAAUUUUUCAUUCUGUAGCAUGGACUGAUUUGAAAUUUCCUAUUUUAAUUAUCAUCUUCUCUACUAAAAUUUGAACUGAGAAACACGAGAACACUCUGGAGGCGUUCUAGACAAAAUUGACUCAGGAUGCUUUUGGAACUCUCUCUUUCACUGGUCAGUGGAUAACUUGUCUCCAAUGACCGCAUAUAAGCCAUGAACAGAAAAGACUUCUCUCAGCCAGGAAAAGGGCUCAGGGGAGGGGUCCAGGGCCAGGUGGCCCCCCCCCCCCCCAUCUCCACCCCCAGCCCACAAAGAAGUGCUUUCCUCCCGACGCCAUUGGUUGAGAGGCUCUGAUGCAAUUUCUUAGAGGACCAAUCACAACCCGCACUGCAGUCUCAAGGCCCGCCCCUGCCAGGAUGCAGCGCCACCUUCAAGCCAGGCCUUACCUGCUCACUCGUCAGUCUCUCAGCAUUUGUUGGUCAACUUGUUUCAAGUCUGCGUCCGGACACGUUGUUGAGCUUUGAAUGGUUACAGCCAUUACAUUUCAGAUUGUAGAGAAUGUACCUUUUACUUUUGGAAAUGGCACAUUAAAAAGCCAAGGAGAAACUGGUGUAGAUCAUGGUGCAUUAUUUAUUAUGCAAACUAUAUAUAUAUGUAUGUGUAUAUGUAUAUAUAUAUAUAUAGCUAGAUCCAGAUAUAAAUAUAUACAUAUGUGCAUAUAUAUAUAGCAUGUCCUUUUCCUAUUUGUUUCUGCUUUUAAUGUACUUGUAUAACUCAUUGUUACUGUUGUUUUUCUAUUAAUCUUUUGUGAACUUUCCAAUUAUGUAACAAAGUAUGUACAGCCUACUUUUGAACUAUUUUUAUCACAGUAUUAUUUAUUGCUUUCUUUCAAUAAAGUACUGAAGCCUUUUCCACUGCCAAUAAAACACCCGCAGAAUGA